CAUCUGCUGUUCUGCGCAUACAUUCAGUUCGCAAUGGUCGAAGCAGCAAGUACAGAUAUGGCCGCGCUCAAAGAUAUUGUUCCGGUUUAUCAAAAUUUGAAGCGUGAAUGGACCAAAAAUCCACCUAAUUUGAAGAAAUGUGGCGAAAUACUGGAUCAACUAAAGCUCGCACUCACGCAUCUCAUGUUUUUACCAACUUCCAGCAGUGUCGCCUCUCAAAAAGAAUUGGUUAUCGCACGUGACAUUUUGGAAAUCGGUGCUCAAUGGAGCAUAGCGUCAGAAGAUAUUCCGUCGUUCGAGCGUUAUAUGGCUCAGUUGAAGUGUUAUUACUUUGACUACAAGUCGGGUCUUCCCGAAUCAGCAUACAAGUACCAACUGUUGGGACUGAAUCUGUUGUUUUUAUUGUCACAAAACAGAGUAGCAGAAUUUCACACGGAAUUGGAACUCUUGCCGUCUGAUCAAAUACAAUCGAAUGUAUAUAUAAGGCAUCCUUUGAGUUUGGAGCAAUGCUUAAUGGAAGGAUCUUACAACAAAAUAUUCCUUGCCAAAGGAAACGUGCCAGCAGCUUCUUACAAUUUUUUCAUCGACAUAUUGCUGAACACGGUGCGUGACGAAAUAGGCGCUUGUAUGGAAAGCGCUUAUGACAAAGUGUCCUUAAAAGAUGCUUCACGAAUGCUCAACUUAAGCUCCGAAAAAGAAACGAUGGCGUUUGCGACGAAAAAGAAUUGGACUCUCAAAAAAGAUGGCAAUUUUUAUUUCACCGCCCAGAACGAAAAAAAAUCCGAGGAUCCAAUACCCAGCUCGGAUCUAGCAACUCUUGCGAUCGAUUACGCACGAGAAUUGGAAAUGAUCGUUUAACACAUUUCUUUCUCCGUCCUUCUUUUUGUUUCUCAAUUUUUCUCAUCUCACUUUGAUUCACCAACAUAUUUCUUUUCUAAUGUGUAAGAUCCAAUAAAUUUCGUAGGAUUGAUGAAAAAAACA